AGAAUACUAAGGACACUUGUGCUUCUGCUCUGAACGCUGCGGAUUUUUUUGUUUGUUUUUGGCCCUAAAACCAAAUGAGGCAUCUCCGCUUUUUAGUUUGCGAAUAUAAGAUUCAAACGGGAAUGAGGUGAGGUCAGCCUCCGUUUUUAAACUCACAGCUAGCUCACUCAAGGCUCACAGCCAUGUUCCCUACUAAAGUAAAAAUCCUGCACAGGCUGCUUCAGUUUAGACAGACUUCUUGGUUCUCUCCUUCAACUGGAAAAGCAUUGUACUCCAGACUGGUUCUGGGCAUUGAGACCAGCUGUGAUGACACUGGAGCUGCUGUGCUGGACGAGACUGGUGAGAUACUGGGAGAGUGUCUGCAUUCACAGAAACAAGUUCACCUGAGGGCUGGUGGCAUCAUCCCCACGGUGGCUCAGCAGCUCCACAGGCAAAACAUAGAGCGUGUGGUCCAGGAGGCUUUGGAGAGGAGCAGCGUGGACCCGAGCCUGCUCUCAGCGGUGGCGACCACCGUGAAGCCGGGCUUGGCCCUGAGCUUGGGGAUCGGUCUUGAGUUCAGUCAGAGGUUUGUGAGGCAGCACAACAAGCCCUUCAUCCCCAUCCACCACAUGGAGGCUCACGCGCUGACCGUCAGGAUGCUCCAUCCUGUUGACUUCCCCUUCCUGGUCCUGCUGGUUUCUGGGGGUCACGCACUUCUCGCUGUGGCUCGAGGAGUUGACAACUUUCUGCUUUUGGGUCAAAGUCUGGACGAAGCUCCAGGGGACACACUGGAUAAAGUGGCAAGACGUUUGUCCCUCAUAAAACACCCGCUGUGCUCCACACUAAGUGGAGGUCAAGCUAUAGAGCUUCUAGCAAGGAAUGGAGACAGGACGAGGUUCGCUUUUAAGACACCGAUGGGACGAACAUUUGACUGCUGCUUUUCUUUCACCGGGCUACGGAAUCAAGUGAACUUAACAAUAAUGAAAAAAGAGGCGGAAGAAGGUAUAGAGGAGGGGACGCUGCUGUCCUGUGUGAAUGACAUAGCAGCAGCCACGCAGCACACUGUUGCCUCUCAUCUUGCAAAGCGCACACAUCGUGCAAUCUUGUUUUGUAAGGCAAACAACCUGCUGCCAUCCAAAAAUCCCACCUUGGUGCUGUCUGGAGGAGUUGCGAGCAAUCAGUACAUCCGCAAGGCUUUGACAAUAAUCACUGACACAACAGGACUGAACCUGCUCUGUCCUCCAGCCAAAUUCUGCACUGACAACGGAGUGAUGAUUGCGUGGAACGGUGUUGAACGGCUGAGAGAGGGGAAAGGGAUACUGCCUCCAAAUGUGGAUGUCUCCUAUGAGCCAAAGGCAGCACUGGGUGUUGACAUGACAGCAGAGGUGAAGGCAGCAGCGAUCAGGUUGCCAGCAGUCAGGAUGAAGAUCCCCGACUGACACACUGUUGGCUUUGUUCUGCGCAAAAAAGUGUUUUUUAAUCAGAAAUUUCCCCCAGUUUAGAGUAUAU